AUGGAACUGAAAGUAGAAAUAAUAAAGAGAUCAGGGAGAGGUGAAAAUCCAUCAUCCAUUGGCAAAGAAUUGGGUUACACAAUUGAAGGUGUUUGUAAUGAAGAAUUUGUUGCAAGUAGGGGUUGGUUUUAUCGCUUUAAAAAAAGAGCAAAUUUGCAUAAUAUUAAAGUUCAAGGCGAAGCAGCGAGUGCCGAUGCAAGUGCUGCAAGUGAUUUUAACAAGAUAUUGGAAGAUAUUAUUGACGAUGGAGACUAUUUGCCAGAACAAAUCUUUAAUGUAGACGAAACUGGCUUGUUUUGGAAAAAAAUGCCUGAGAGGACAUACAUUUCAAAAGAAGAAAAAAGUGCACCAGGACAUAAGGCAACAAAGGACAGGCUGACUUUAUUACUUGGGGGUAAUGCAUCAGGGGAUUUAAAGCUCAAGCCUUUGCUAGUGCAUCACUCCCUAAAUCCGAGGGCACUACGUAAUAUCACCAAGGCAUUUCUUCCUGUUAUUUGGAGGGCAAAUUCAAAGGCUUGGGUUACAUUGACACUCUUUGAAGAAUGGUUUUUGAACCAUUUUAUCCCUGCUGUUGAACGUUAUUGCUUAGCCAAAAACAUUCCUUUUAACAUUCUCCUUGACAAUGCCCCUGGACAUCCAACCACUUUAGAUGUCAUGCACCCCAAUGUAAAGGUGGUAUUUCUGCCCCCCAACACCACAUCACUUAUUCAACCAAUGGAUCAGGGAGUCAUAGCCUCCUUUAAGGCCUAUUAUUUACGGAGAACAUUCUCACAAGCUGUCAGGGCUACCCAAAAUGAUGAGAUGACCUUAACGGAUUUCUGGAGAAAUUAUAAUAUUUAUGAUGCCAUCAAAAAUAUUGCUGAUGCUUGGAAUGAAGUGAAAGAGACAAAUAUGAGAGGAGUUUGGAACAAAUUGUGCCCCCAAUUGACACAAGAAUUUCUGGGUUUUACGGAUGAUGAAAUCGCUGAAACCAGGCAAACUGUGGUUGCUAUGGGUAAUCAACUGCAGUUAAACAUCACUGAAAAUGAUGUCAUCGAGGUUCUCGACUCCCAUAGCCAGGAACAAACCAAUGAAGACCUAAUGGAACUAGAGCAGGAGAUAGAACUGAGGGAAGAAACCCAGGACAUAGAAACUCCACAACUGAAAAAGUUUCUUACAAAAGAGUUAGCUGAUGCUUUUCGUCUUAUUGAAGCAGGAAUGGCAAAGUUAGAGGAGCAAGAUUCUGAUACAGAGAGGUUUGCAAAAGUUCACCGUACAGUUACUGAAGGUCUGAAAUGCUACAGGGCUAUGAGAAAAAGAAAAGCUCUAUAUAAACCUCCCUUGAUGCAUACUUCAAUAAAUGAACUCCAGUAG